AGCCGAAGGAUGUCCUGCUCCGACCUGUGCGCCUCUCCCUGCGGGGUGGCCGGCCCGGCCCCGCUCGCCAACUCCUGCAACGAGCCCUGCGUGCGGCAGUGCCCCGACUCCACGGUGGUGAUCCAGCCCCCGGCCGUGGCGGUCACCAUCCCCGGGCCCAUCUUAAGCUCCUUCCCGCAGCACAGCAUCGUCGGCUCGGCGGGAGUCCCCGGCAUUGCAGGGGGCUACGGCGGCACCUUUGGAGGCCGUGGGGGCUACGGAGGCCUUGGGGGUUUUGGAGGCCUUGGGGGCCUCAGAGGCUUUGGGGGCUACGGCAGCCUUGGGGGCUACGGGAGCUGCGGUUCCGGGGGCCUUGGCCACCGCUACCUCAACGGCAACUGCGGGCCCUGCUAAGCCCCACGCUUGGCGCGGCCACGCACCAAGGACGGCUCCCGACAUCCACCGGCACCUCCUGAGCCCUGGCACCCAGCCUGGCCUCAGCCCCGCGUGACAGCGCAGCCGAGCGCCGGGUGCCUCCUCCUGCUGCACAGCUGGUGCUCGUCGGUGCUCUCCCCCUCUGCACGGAGACCCUGGCCUCGCCGUGGCCAGGACCCUGCUCUUCGCCGUGUGCCU